CGCUGUGUGUUCUUAUCAUGAACGUCUCAGAAAGCUGCGUGGAUCUGAAAGACAUGCUAUUUGUUAAUGAAAAUCACAUUUAUGUUAUGAUUUGCAUCAAAGCUUAUUUAGGACUAAUGAAGUCGAGUUUGUGUAUGGAGAUGAGGCUUUCAUGUGCUGCUGUCUUCUGUUUGUAAAGGUCAUGGGAUGCAACACCUGUAUAGAUCUGACUAUGCAUGCUUAAAGGGUCCUUCUGUUCAUCAUUGCAGUUAUGAUGGCAAAAUAAUUGUCCGACAAGUUUUAUGGAGUGCAUUUAUGUGUCCCACCAGUUGAAUGAGACAUGGAGGUCAUGUCUGCUGCAUUCCUUCAUCGGCAUCCUUCAUCUCUAAAUGAGCACCCUUGAUAGGGAAUCUGGCAGCUUGACUUGUGCAGCCUACAAGUUGAUAAUUCAGUAACACAGAACUGUUACAGGUUCAAUUGUUUGUCGAUUUGUUGGGAAACUAAUGUUAAGAUACAUUAGGUCAGCUCAUUGGAUGUAAUUUGGCUCAUUAAUUCUACAUGGUCAUGGAAGAUCAGUCGAUUUUUAUUUAUUUUUUUUGUUUUGUUUUGUUUUUUAAGAUUGAACAGUACAGCGUAAUGUUGACCGUAUGCCUCGAGGCAGACUUUAGCCUAGAAAGCAACACUGCAAAGUGACUUUGAUAAAGUAGGUAAAGAAUCUGUGCAACCUUCAACCAAAUUUGCACACAGUAAUACUGACAAACCCAUGCAAUUUGCAUUCAAAUGUUGCUGGAAAGAAUUAGGUUGCAUUUUGUCUAGAAUUUUUUUUUGUAGUCGUUGUGGAUUGUCAACAGUAUCUUCAUCGACAUUGAACACAGUUGGAAGUCUCCCGCACAAACCUGGAGGACGUAAUUGGUGCAGUUUGAUCCAGACAUGAUGCCAAAGAGAUCUAGCCAUAUGAUAUAAUAUCAGUAUUGCGAUACAUUCAUUCACAGUUAGCUUUUCUGACAGUGUUGUGGGUAGCACCGGUACACUGACCAGUUUAAUUGUUGCACAAAAUGGGAAUCAAGUUUGGGCUGUUGCUAGUGGGGCAAAAGGUAGUGAUAAAGGGCUUGCAGCUGGAGGGGUCCUGCAAGUAUUCCAUUAUGAUCUCAUAAUAUGUUUAAUGUAUAUGUAUUGUAAUACCAAUUUUAAGAGGGUUUAAGAACCAGUGCAACAUACUUUCUGCAGACACUGAAUUUCUACCUGUGUUUGCUCAGAGAUCCCCAGAGACGCACUGACAUCCUUUUAGUAGCAAGUGUGCCGUCUAUGAACUUCUGGUACCACAUUAUUUGAAAUUUUACAUGUAAGAUAGUAGUGUUCUUUUUGUGUCCUAUGUGACAUGCCAUGGUCUGUCAUGUCAGUCACCGCACACUCAUAAAAUGCAUCAAUGGCUUUGACAAAAAUGUCAAAUCAGGUCAGACACCAAUCCAGUGUUUCAGGAUUAUGUGUUGCUAAUGACAGAGCUGAUUGGACAACUUUUUGUUUGUUUGUGUGUGUGUGUGUGUGUGUUUUUUGCAAUGGCUGUGGUUCCAUUGCAACUAUGACCAGGAUAAAGUGCUUACUGAACAUAAAUAAUAGAAUGUCUUUUUUUUUUUUUUUUUUUUUUUUUUUGGAAGCACACUUUGUCCUAACUUGCCAAAAAGGUCUUUAAUCAUAUUUCUGCAAUUUGCCCACCCCUACUUGCAGCUGUGUUUAAAGCCAUUGUCUCAUUCACAAAAAGUCUUCACUUUUGUGCUAUAGUGGACCUUGUUUUUGUGUCGAGAUUGCUUGUUUUUUUUUUCCUUACAGUCUCUGUUCCCUGGAUGUUAUUCCCUAGGCAGGUGAUAAAUUGCAUCGGCUGGUAGCAUGGACAGAAUACAAGAAUAUGGACGGAUUCAGUACCUGUAAAAUGUGGAUUUGAUUAAUACAACACACUAACAUGUAAAUGGAUUAAAAGAAGGGGGAAGAAUCAGUCGGAUGCUCUCUAUGUCUAACAUUAUGCCUUGAAGAAAAAUGUAAAAGUAAUCUGCCUCACUGCAUGAUGGCACCUGAAAUGACCAAGAUUGACCUGUUGAGACUUUGACCAAACUAUCACAGGAGGCAGCAUCAGGUCUCAGCACUGUGACCUGAGCCAUGCAGAAGUGCUUCACAUCGACUCCUCCACCCAAAGCCCUCCAUCCACAGCCUACACAUCAUCAACCAUCCCCACGAUCCACACCUACCCAUAGUCUCCCUCCAGAGCAAUUGAACCAGUGUGUAAGCACUGCUCUGAGUCAUAGCAUGGCUAGUAAAAAUGUGAAACCGCACCGCUCAUCCUAUUCCUCAGCUUCUGUGCCAGUCUCUGGCCCAGGGACUCCUUCUCGAGGCUCCCAGCAACCUCAUGGUUCCACUCGGCCAUUAGAGCUUGGUCAAACAUCUGUAGUUACCUUCAGCUACAUUGAGAAGUCAAAUGUAAAGCAACUGGAAAGUCCACACAACUUCUUGAGGAUGCAAAAAGAGUCUGCUCAGCCACAUAAGAAUGAUCCGGCCUUGUCUGUUUCCUCAGGCUCCUGCAGCAAUAAUAAUCCUUUUCACCAGCAGGCGGGGUCAACCGCUCUCAACCGAGGCACUGUGGACUGUGCAGUCACACUGGGUCGAGCAGCCACCCAAAGGGCCCUAGAGGAAUUUGGGUCACCCGAACUAAGGUCUAAAUUUGCCCAAGGGUCAGAUUGGAGUCCAGGGCAGAAACUCAACCAGCAAAUGCAAUGUCAGUCAUGGGCAGGAUCUCCUGGUCAUGACACUUAUUCACAUAACUAUGAUGCAGACAUACCAAGUGCUCCAUAUGGCCCAUCAAGUAUCCCAGCCUCACACUGUUUGUCAUCCCACACAGGACACUCCAACCUCUCCUUAGAGCAAAACUCCAGCCCCAGGGUCCAGCAAGAUCCAAAAUUACACCAGCUAACACAUGAAGGCACUUCCAGUGGAGUGGAUGGCAGUCCUCUCUCAGGUCAGAAAGGCACUUUGUUGAUCACUAAUGCACAUUCUGAAGGUUUAAACCAGCUAAGUGGCAGCAAUGCAUCCUCAGCACUGAACAGUCCAGAGGUAGCACGUAGGCUUGCAGAGGAAGCCACCAAAAUCUCGGUUAUUUUUGAUGAUAUCCGAAAGUCCCCUGCCCACAAUGCUUUUGGAAUCUGGAGUGAGCUAGGCAGCCCCAAACAGUCUCCAAACUGCCCCUCCCAACAUCGAAGCCCACCUAUGAAAAUGAAUAUCCCUUUACAUGGGAUGCAUUCUGAUCUCUCUGUAACAAAUGGAGCUACUCCUUGCUCACAAGCAACAGAGUCUUUAGCCAAUCAUAGCCCUGAAAGGGGUGAGCAAACCAAUUACUUCUGCAGCCCAAUCCCUUUAGGACAGACCCCUGACUCCCCAGCCCUCCCCUCUCAUACAAUGCAUCAAUGGCUGUCUAAAGGGGACAAGGACUCGCCCUUACGGGACCCUCGUGUACUUUGGGGUGACGUGUCAAGCACAGACAGUCCCACACUGCACAGGAGGAGACUUCCUCAGUACAAAGGUGAAGUCUGGUACCAUCAUGAUGCCUGGGAUCUGUACCCACAUGGGCACAGUGAGACCAGAGACGAACCUGUGUCUGACAGUGUGGAGAUCUCCAGGAGGCUUCUUAUUGGGCAGCAUAUUGAGGAAGCACCAAUCAGCUGGACCUUCAUGCAGAGGUGGCGGGAGCAAAGUGGGAUCGAAAUGGAGAUGCCUAACCCAGUUCAGAGAUCAGGAGAGAGCGAGACAGGAGCAGUCGAGGACCAAGGUGUAGCAGUGGGCACAGACCUGCCGACAGGGCAGGGGAUGCUCACUUUGACGCAGGAACAGAAGCAGGCACAAUGGAGACGCAGACAAGCUUUGCUACUUGGCCCUGUUGUACUGGAUGAAGAGAAUGAGGAGAGGGCAGAGGUGGAGCAGAACGGUGUGCCAACUUCAUCGCCAAGCUCCAGUGGGGUCACAGGGAGUUUGGGAGAUCAUGAGUGUCUCUCACCUGAAUCCAUCAGUAACAGUAACCAGAUGAACCAGAUGGAACAUGCCAGCUCAGGUAUACAGUCUGAUAGUGGCUCAGCUCUACUGGGGCCAUCUCUGCACUCCCAGAAGAUUGCUCGAGCCAAGUGGGAGUUCUUGUUCGGCACCACAACUGAUACAAGAGACGUCUCCAGUGAACAAGAGAAGAACCUGUGUACUGCACCUCCUAGUUGCCACUCCACCCCAACUCCACCAAAUUACCUACCGCUGGAGGAAGUUGCUCUCCGAGCCAAUCAUGACGUGCAGCGUGUCGAGGUGGAGCUUGUGACCCCUCCGCCUGCUGCUCCAGGCACGUCCCCGAAAACAGGCAUAAUCCGCCGGACUCAGAAGUACUCCGAGACGGAUCUAGAUGCAGUUCCGUUACGGUGUUACUGGGAGACUGACAUUGAUGAGGUUCUGCUGGCUGACAAGGACGACUCUGACUCAGCUUUCGGGAGCAACCGUAGUGUGAUGGGCACCUCCGGUACAGGGAGCAGCCCACUGGGAGAAACAGCAUACAAGAGAACAGAUGGUGUGGAGGAGGAGGGAGAGGAGGAGGAAGAUGUGGCCAGCUGGGCGAGUGUUCGCACACAGUGUGAUAUGAGGAGGCAGCAGGCCAGUCAAGAGCAGGAUGAGGAGGAGAUACUUAGCAUGCUUUUCAAAAGUUUAAAUAACAGUCACCCAGCACUGAAAUCACCUGUUCUAGUACGAGGUCCACCCCGAACUUUGGGUGACCACAUGGACACUUUUAGUCACCAUUUUGAGAGCAUCCUGGAGUCCCAGCGAGCAAAAGGCACCUCCUACAACAGCCUGGACAGCCUGGAGCUCCCGACCACCAGCUCUCAGACCAUGCUGACGUUUGACCUCCCAACCCUGACCACACAGGUGAAGGCUCAGAUGUAUCACAGUGCACGGCAGAUCGUGGAGCUGAGCUUUGCCCCCCUUGCACAUGCUGAGAUGCCCAGUGUGUCUGAGUCGGCUCUGACCAUUACGGGGGACACAGAUGCCACGAGGGCGCCGUCUAGCGAACGGCUCAGCAGCGGCUCAGACGACAGGUCAGCUGGACACAACUGGACCAAUGACAAUGUGUUCCUACUGCCCAGGGAGAAAUCUUCACGGCUGGCCACAGAUGCAGUCUUGGAUCAGGAGCUGAAUGAGCGUUUGGGACUUGGAAGCUAUGACACGCUAACCAGCAGUAACCGUGCUGACCUGGAGGGUGCUAAGCGAUUGGCUAAACGACUCUACAACCUCGAUGGGUUCAGGAAGUGUGAUGUUGCUCGUCACUUAAGCAAGAAUAAUGAUUUCAGCAGGAUGGUAGCAGCAGAGUACCUGGGUUACUUUAAUUUUACAGGACAGACUUUGGAUCAGGCACUGAGGACCUUCCUACGGGAAUUUGUGCUAAAGGGAGAAACACAGGAACGAGAGCGAGUCCUAGCUCACUUCUCACACAGAUACCUGCAGUGCAACCCUAUCCUCACACUCUCUGAAGACAGCAUCCACACACUGACCUGCUCCCUGAUGCUACUCAACACAGACCUGUAUGGGCAGAAUAUUGGCAAGCGGAUGUCCUGCACGCAGUUCAUUGGAAAUCUGGAGGGACUGAACAACGGCCAAGAUUUCCCAAAAGAGCUCCUCAAGGCUCUCUACAACUCCAUUAAGAACGAGAAGCUUCAAUGGACAAUUGAUGAGGAGUUGCGUAAGUCGUUCUCGGAGUUGGGAGAUCACCGUGAAGACACAAAUUCAAGAGGCAUGAAGUGCACAGGGAGUGGGAUAGUACAAGGGUCUGGUGCACUUCUCUACAUGACCGGAUUCUUGGUCCGCAAAGUCCACGCUGACAGUGACGGCAAAAGAACCCCACGGGGGAAGAGAGGUUGGAAGACGUUCUGUGCUGUCCUGAAGGGUCUUAUUCUUUACCUCCAGAAGGGUGAGUUACGUCCUGAUAAGCAGCUUUCUGAUGAAGAUAUGAAGAAUGCUGUGUCCAUCCACCACUCACUGGCUGUUAGAGCCACCGAUUAUCACAAGCGGCCAAACGUAUUCUACCUGCGCACGGCCGACUGGAGGGUCUACCUUUUCCAAGCCCCGAAUGCAGAACAAAUGCAGUCUUGGAUCACCCGCAUAAACACAGUAGCAGCCUUGUUUUCUGCCCCACCCCUCCCAGCUGCCAUUGGCUCCCAGAAGAAAUUCAGUCGCCCUCUGCUACCAGGCUCUGCUUCUAAACUCUCACAGGAGGAGCAGGUAGAGGCUCACGAGGCUCGCUUUCAUGCCUCCUCCACGGAGUUGGUGGAGCUCCGGUCAUACCCACCUGACCGGAAAGUCAAAGGUCGUGAGCUUGAGGAGUACCGACUUAGGGAAGAGUAUUUGGAGUUUGAGAAAACCCGAUACGAGACGUACAGCAUGCUGCUGAGAGCGAAGCAGCGCUGUGGGAGUGACGAUCUUUCAGUUUUCGAGGCCAUGCUGCUGGCAGAAGGCUCUCUACAGAGGGCUCAGUCCAGCCCCAGUCUCCAGGAGAGCAUUGGCACAUGCAGCAUCAGAGACAAGGUUCCUCCUGUCACGGGCAAUGGCACCGGCACCAGCCAAGGCCAGAGACACAGCUAUCGUCAGGCUGUCAGGAAGUGACUCAAAAACCUCACAGAAAGCUCUUCGUACUAGAAAGGAAGUGAGGUCAUUCUCUUUUCCUGCUCUCUGUGCCUGGAGGUAGUGGCAUUGAUCCAGACUGAGUCUGACUCUGAGAUCAGAGUCACAGUGCAGGUGCUGAGUAAUGAUGUGGAGGUAGAGGAACGUGUGUGAGACACUCCAUGGUGUUUGUCAAGGGCUGACUUGAGAGACAGAAGGAAUUUAUCUGCUCGUCUUUCUUUCACAUCUUCAGUUUCCAUGUGUUCUUUGGAUUUGCACACUCUCGCUCAAAUUUCAGAUCAAAUCAAUCCUAGGACCAAAAGAGCUCUGUACCUUUAAAAAUGACUGUUAGCACUGCAGCAUCAUAACCGCAGCUGUGUAAGGGUCAUUCAGACAAAAUCAAAUCGGCGGUGUUGGCGAUCUGUCUUUUUACAAUACAUACUGAAAUACCACUCACUACUCAUAUUAGUUAAGCUCAUAGGAACAAAGGGCAUCUCAUUCCACAAGGUCACAUCUGAUUUGUGCCCACAAUUUUCUACAUGCUUAUAUAGCACAGAGCUGUUACAUUUCUGUAUGAAGCUGGACUGAAUCACAAACAGCUCCCUGUAGGAUUUUAGUGCAGUACCAAGGGUGUGAAAUCUUAUGCCCUGUGUAUAGCAAUAUAGUCAAGCCGGAAGCCAUUUUGAAUAGAUUCUGUCCAGCCCUUUAUUUUAACCAGAAAUCACUUCCCAGAAUCAACCAUGGUGUAAAGAUGUGUCUGACUGACUGACGUGACGUGACUGACUGAUGUGAAUGAGCACUAAAAAUAAUGCCCUGUGGCAAUACAACUUUAAAAAUGUCUUGUGGACUGAGCAGAUAAUAUUUGUCGAGGGAUCAAACAAGUGGCUUUUCAUUUUGAAUGCAAAAAAUUAUUAUGCCCCAGAAUGUCUCUUGCACUCAAAUAUUCUUACCUUUAUUAUACGUCUCUGGAAUUUAUUUACCUUUGAAUAUUAUAACUUGUUACUUGUCCUUGUUCUUUUAUUUAUUUUUUUUCUUAGUUUUCUUGGCUGAGUGUUUUUGUCCAAUGUGGCCAGCAUGGCUGAAUAGUGAUGGCUUCUUGUAAUCUCCUCUUUUCUGCAGAAAAGCAGUGAAUCUAGUGAUGAUGAGAAAUAUACCAUGUCAUUUGGCUGUCUUUUAGGCUUCACAUGUUUCUUACCUUGCUUUCUGAAUGACCCGUAUUACACCUGGUAGUUUCAUGCAUCUCCGAUGUUCAGAUUAAUUCUGGAUGUAAUGCAUUUAAAACUACUUAAAUCCGAUUUGUUAACCAUUUUCAUGUAUGUGAAGGUCACCUAUGAUAACCAAAAUCCUGGCACCAAUAUAUUACAUCCGAAGAAAGCUGGCACCAUUGAUAUAUUUAAAAACCUGCACACACAUUGUUUUUUUUUUUUCCUUCUUUUUUUUCUUUUUUUUUUUUUUUAAGGCAACCAUAUUUGCAUAGGACAACUAGGUCAAAGGUCAAAAUAGAAAGCUCAUUAUGAGAGAGAGAGCAAUCUAAUUUCAAUCUGGCCAUAGAACCAUAGAUAUUUCGCCCAUAAAAGGAAAUGUAAAUCUUAUCAAAAUUCAAUUUAAAUACAAGACACAUGUAAUGACUAGGUGUCAGUGUGAGCAGUUGUUACAAUUCAGUCCAUUAUUGUGUUAUGUUUUCUAUGUGUAUAUGAAUGAGUGUUUGGAAAAAAAAAUCAUCAAAUGUAUGUUGAAUGUUCGGUACAUGGAUGGAUCAUGGAUUAUCAGUUUAUGGAUCAUCAACUGCAGCUUGUUCAGCAUAGGCCUAUAUUUGUAUGCUCAGUCAGAACAUUUCCAUGUUAAAUUAUUUGGCACGCUUUGACCUGUGCGAGAGAUAUUAAUACACAGGUGAAACUGUAAUGUCUGUAUAAUGUAUGUAUAUUAAUUACUGAGGCAUCGUCUAUUAGAAUAUUAUUAACUCAGUGAGUCAUGGUGAUGAGAUUCUGCAAUCACAUUUAGAGUACAUUUGUUCUCACCAUAUAAUAUAUUUAUUAUUCUGUUUGGUAAAAUGGUUUCAGCAAGUAAAUGUGGCGUAAAAAACAAACGUCUGUUUUUUGGGGGGGUUUUUUCCACAUCUUUUCCUGACCUUGUUUUAAAGAGAUUUGAGAAGAGGAGAAGUAGGUAAAACGAAUAAACAUGAAUUGAUUGUAAUCGAAUAUGCAUUAGUUAAAUUGCAUACACACAUUUGUUGAUUUCCAUUGAUGAACUCUAUGGUUACGAGGGGGGGGUGGAUAUUGGACGUUGUGCACUCUUAGAAGAAGUGUUCUUCAAGGAUACUGCAUUAAGAUCUUUGUAUAAUAAGAGUCCUUAACUUCUUAAAUGGUUUCUACCUUUUCUGACAGGGCAGUACUCUGUUUUAACUAAGAUUCACUUAUGAAGUACGUUUAAAACAAUUUGUGUUGACCAAAGUGCCUAACUAAAAUGGAAAUAAAAUAAACAAAAAAUAACAAAUAGCAUAAGAAAUGUAAAAAUAAAUCUGUAAAUAAUCCAAAACAAAUUGGAUUAGGGGUGAAUUUUCUCACCCCAGUCCAGUGCCCAGUGCUACCAGGACUGGCUUUGG